AUGGGAGAGCCCCUCGCCUCCCCUCCGCCGCCCCCGCCGCCGCGGUAGCCCGCCGGGAUGAGCCGGCAGUGCCAGGGCGGCCCCAACGGCACGGAGCCCGGCGCCAUGCGGCAGCGGGGCAACGGGACGGGGCGGGCGGCGGAGGGCUGCAGCUCGGUGUCGGUGGCGUUCCCGCUGACCAUGAUGAUCACGGGCAUCGUGGGCAAUGCCCUGGCCAUGCUGCUGGUUUCCCGCAGCUACCGGGCCAAGGGGAGCCGGAGGAAGCGGUCCUUCCUGCUGUGCAUCGGCUCCCUGGCCAUCACCGACCUGCUGGGGCAGCUGCUGACCAGCCCCAUCGUCAUCUCCGUCUACCUGUCCGACCGCACCUGGGAGGCCGUCGACCCCUCGGGCCACCUCUGCUCCUUCUUUGGCUUCAGCAUGACCGUCUUUGGGCUCUGCCCGCUCUUCAUCGCCAGCGCCAUGGCCGUGGAGAGGACGCUGGCCAUCCGCGCGCCCCACUGGUACGCCAGCCACAUGAAGACGCGGGUGACCAAGAUGGUGCUGCUGGGCAUCUGGCUGGCCGUGGUCGCCUUUGCCCUGCUGCCCAUCGCCGGCCUGGGCCAGUACACGCUGCAGUGGCCGGGUACUUGGUGCUUCAUCAGCACCAGUGACAGACAGCUCACCGGCAGCCUCUUCUUCGCCUCCACCUUCACCGUCCUGGGGCUCCUCUCCCUGGUGGUGACGCUGGCCUGCAACCUGGCCACCAUUGAGGCCUUGGUGUCUCGUUGUCGGACCAAAGCCACCACGACGCGCUCCAGCAAGCAGUGGGGACGGAUUGCCAUGGAGACACUGAUCCAGCUCUUGGGGAUCAUGUGUGUCCUCUCGGCCUGCUGGUCACCGCUGCUGAUAACCAUGCUGAAGAUGAUCUUCAGCCACACGUCGUUUGAAAACUGCAGGGGAUUCUCCUGGGAAGCCCAGAGCUCGGAACUGCACAAGGAAUGCAACUUCUUCCUGACCGCCGUGCGUUUGGCCUCCCUCAACCAGAUCCUGGACCCCUGGGUUUACCUGCUGCUCCGCAAGAUCCUCCUCCAGAAGUUCUGUCAAGCGGCCAACGCCGUCUCCAAGUGCUCCAACAGCGAGUGGAAGGAGAGGUCCAUCACCUUGUCGGAGGAAAUCCGACGGACGACGGCCUGAGGGAGCGCGGAUCCCUUUGUGUGGGACCUACUUUGGCCACGGAGUAGUUUUACUGUGAAUUGGGGUGUCUGUAGCCUGUUUGCCUCUGCGUAAAUCGCCAGGAAUGGGACUGCUCAGUGGUCUCCUAGUGCCAAGAAUUAUUUAUCCAAUGUGCCAAAAAUCCCCACAUACAGAAGGAGGAAUGGGUUUUGUUUCUGCAUUCUGUUGUGCCG